GAAGAAUUUCAUAGCGUUGAACAGAGUUGGGGCGUGUUGAUCUCUCAUGAGAACGAAGCCAGGAUGAAUGGUCAGAAUCCAUGUCUCUGACUGCUCUUCGUUAGCGAGGCACACCUUGAGAGACAACGCGUUUCAGAAAGGAAUGCUGUGAAGAUAAAUGGAUCCGUGAGACAAUAAAUAUCGCAUAUGUGAAGUUCUUAGAGUUUCUUGGUUGAAAGGUGUACAUAAUUGAAGAAUGUUUCAAACAUUUAAAGACUCCUUCUGGUCAGAAAGAUUAUGGCUUCCUACCACUAUAACGUGGUCAGAUCUUGAAGAUCAUGAUGGACUAGUUUUUGUAAAACCUUCUCAUUUAUAUGUCACGAUACCCUAUGCUUUUGGCUUGCUGAUAAUAAGAUACUUUUUCGAAAGGUUUGUUGCUUUCCCUCUAGCAAAGGCUUUCGGCAUAAAGGAGAUAGCACGCAACAAGAUUCAUCCCAAUCCCAUCCUAGAGAAUUUUUUCAUCCGAAACUCAAGGAAACCAUCCCAAACCGAUCUAUAUGGCUUGGCAAAGAAGUGCAACUGGUCCUUGCGACAGGUGGAAAGUUGGUUCAAGAGGCGGCGUAAUCUUGAGAGGCCUUGUGGACUGAAGAAAUUCCAGGAAGCAUGUUGGCGAUUUGCAUUUUACUUAGUCAUGACAAUUGCUGGAGUUGGCUUCCUAUAUGAUAAACCUUGGGUUUAUGAUCUGUGGGAAGUUUGGGUCGGCUAUCCAAAGCAGCCAUUGCUGCCAUCCCAAUAUUGGUACUACAUUUUAGAGAUGAGUUUUUACUGGUCGCUGCUGUUUAGCCUCGGUUCAGAUGUCAAAAGAAAGGACUUCCUAGCCCACGUCAUCCAUCAUCUGGCUGCAAUUAGUUUGAUGAGCUUCUCUUGGUGUGCUAAUUACAUUCGGAGUGGGACACUUGUGAUGAUCGUACAUGAUGUAGCUGACAUAUGGCUCGAGUCGGCCAAAAUGUUUUCUUAUGCUGGGUGGAAACAAACUUGCAACGUUCUGUUCAUCAUCUUUUCCGUCGUAUUCUUUAUCAGCCGUCUUGUCAUUUUCCCCUUUUGGAUUUUAUACUGCACACUGAUUCUACCUCUGUAUUAUGUGGAGCCUUUCUUUUCGUACAUCUUCCUCAAUUUACAGCUAAUGCUCCUACAAGUCCUGCACCUCUAUUGGGGAUAUUAUAUUCUGAAGAUAAUUAAAAAAUUCUUAUUUGUAAAGGAGAUACAGGAUGUGAGGAGUGAUGAUGAAGAGGAGGUCCUGUCUGAAGACAAUGAACCUGAGUGUCUGAAAAAUGGCCAUGGAUCAGCAGCCAGAAACCCAAUUCCCAAUGGCCAGCAUGUUCAUUAGCUCCAAGCAGGCAUCCCUCUUGCCCUCAUGCCUGCUCUGUCAUCCUCUAGAUUGUAAGCUCGUUAUGGGCAGGGAACGUAUCUACCAACUCUGUUUUACUGUACUCUCACAAGUGCUUAGUACAGUGCUCUGCACACAGUAGGCACUCAAUAAAUAUGAUUGAUUGAUUUAUCAUCCAACUCAUCAUGCUGCCCAGAGCCCGGGAUCAAGAGGCUCUUCCUUGUCACCGAUUGAUUGAUUGCAGCAACAAGAUCUGGAGAAAAGCCCAGUUUCAAAGAAAUUUUGCUUAACUUAACAAGAAUGUGUUAAUGACCCCCUUGAAGUUCUUUAAACGUUGCACACUGGUGUGUGAAACAUAUACCCACUGGAUUUUACAGCAGAUAGGAAUCAAACUGGUGAAGGAUUUCAGAGCCUUCUCAGAAGAACCCUUUAAGUUCGAAUUAAGUUAAUCAUCACUUUCUGAAGUUUGAAUUUUAAAUAUCCAUCUGUGGCCACCUAACCCACCUUGUAAUUGUGCCGAGUUUUGCAAAAUUCACAUUGUUUAAAUCAAAUGUCCUCAUGGCUCCAAUGGAGUAGGCAUUUGGGGGCUAAAUAUUGAUGGAAUCAUGUAGGAGAAAAGUUCAGGAAUAAAGUCCCCUCUGUUUUCAGGUUGGGUUCUAAGUAAAAUCCAGUCCAAUUCCAGAAUGUGAUGCUUUUGCAUGACAUUGCUAUGAAACAGAGCUUUAUGCUUUUUUUCCUAGUUUUCUAGUCCACCAUGGCCAAGUCUGUAUGGGCAAGUGUAUUUUCACUAGAAGAAUAAUUUUUGAUCCAAAUCUGCAAAGGGGCAAAACAAAUCACUGGCAUCAAGUAAGUCAUGGGAACAGUGCUAUACUGACAAGCAAAGUAGUUUGAGUCCUUAGUAUCUUUAAUUCUGCCUCCAGACCAGAUCCAGGAACACUGUUGUCAUCAUGGUGACCAUAGUACAGUCACCAAAAACUAAGGAGACUCACCUCGGGGUGGGAGGGACAGCAAGGUGCUAUCAGCACUCUCAGCAACCAGUCAGGUAGAAUUCCUGGGUCCUCCUGGAGAAGACUCCCAAACUCUCUCCCAAAACCAUGACACUGGAAGAUCAGUUGAUAUAGAUAAACUUAACAAAAACCCAUUAGUGACACUGAUAAUCAGACUGUAAAUGUUUGUAUUGCUAAGCAACAUUUGGUUGAAAGCUUGCCUUUGCGGAAGGAUUUGUAUCUUGUCCCCAAAUGGUCAGGAUAAUUAAGUGCCCUGCUUUCCAUUUUACUGAAGUGUAUUUCUUUUCAUCAUCCCAAACACAAUGUGUGAAUUUUCACAUUGGUUUAGGGAUAACACUGGCUCUGGAAGGAAGCUGAUAUGACUGGAUUGUUUGAGGAUUAAAGUCGACAUGGAAUCUGAUUGGAUCGUUAUUUAAGGAUUGUGCUAAAUUUCCAUUUUGUGUAUGCAUUUAAUAUCAGCUAGAGCUCUGUGUCCCUGCAGCCACUCAAGAUGGAAGAAGACUGGUCCUGCCCAGGUAGGAUACAAGAAAGUGAGAAGGGUUUUAGGGUUGGGACUCUGCCUCUCUUCUAAGGAAUCUGCUACCGCUUGUAAGUAACCAGCAAACAAAGACCUCUGCUGCCGAGAAAGAAGCACUUCCUCCCUGUCACAGCUCCUAAAAUUAAAGUCCUGUUGCAACUGCCACAGUGACAGAAGAAUAGCCAAGGGACACUGUGGAGAUUGGAAACAGAAUACCAAGCCGGGGGAAUCAAGUGUGCAGGAUUUGAAAAAGCUGGAAACGGAAGAAGAUAUUAAAAAUAAGAAGUUGCAGGUGCUGAGCAGAAAGAGUAUUGGGUUUGCAGAGCUUUUGAAAAGAUGGAAAUGCAGAGCAAUAUUAUUUUUAUGGUGGGAAUAGCUGCAGAGGCCUUAACCACUGUUGCUGGUUUGAGCACUAUGGUGAAUAUGAUUGGGAUUCCUAGAUAAGGAGGCAACUAUGGUCUAUCUCAUGAAGAAAAGCCAGUAUAGGGGCCUCACUGCUGCUGAAGGAGUUUGAUCAUUCCCAGAUAGUAACCUUUCCAUUCCAGAGGAGUCAAUUUCCUUCAAGGUUUCUCACCUUGAAAAUAUCAGAGCAGCCCACAACUUCAAAGGAUUUUUGUUUCCAGUGGUUGAGUCUCCUGCUUAAUACCCUCAUUUUCUCCCUCUGAUCAGUGGUUCUGGAAGCAGUAGCCACAUUCAUAGUUGGGAAACCUAUGUUUUAUUAAACAGAGAUUUCUCCUGAAAACUCAAUAUUUGUAAUCCAUUUUUUGGGUUUCAUUUCUAUUUUGGGGAGCAUUGUGAAUUGUUUUCUUAGCGUACAAUUGGAAUUAAAGAUGGACACUAAUAGUGAACUUUAUAAAAAUGAACAAGUUAUAUUCUUUAAAUUGGAAAUAGAACCUUUAAAAUUGCUUCCAAGAAAUAUUUUUAGAAAAUGUAUGCCUGUCACUGUUGGAAAACAGUUCCACUGAGGAAAGAUUAAAAGAAUCUAUGCUGUUUAACCCAGAGAAAUACAGCUAAGAUGUGACUUUAAUGACUGUCUUCAAAGUUAUGAGGGGUGGGGGCAUUAUGAGGAUGUUAAUCAGUUGCCCUCUGUGUCUUCUGAAGACCAACCAAGAGAAAAUGGACUCAAAUUAAAGCAGAGGAAAUUGGGGUUAGAGGCACAGAGGUAAGCUGCAAGGUGCUAUAUGCUAGAAUAAGCUACUGGGGUGAUUUUGGAGGCUUCAUUCCUGGAGAUAUUUAAGAAAAGAAUUGAAGACCACCAUUUUGGUUGGUUUAGUUAUUUACCUGCCAUAGCGCAGAGGGCUGGACCAGUAGAUCUCUUGAGAUCCCUUACAGCACAAUUUUUGUAUGAUCAUCUAACAGGAAAAAUGGGAUAAUAUACAUCACUUUUCAGCUUCCCUUUACAUUUGCUUGGCUAAGCACAAUAGCAAAUUCACACUGUAUUAUGUGUAUAUAUAUAUAAUAUAUGUAAAACUUCACUUUGGUAAAGUAAAACCAACAACAGUUGAUUUUUAUAGGAUUCUCACAUUUGCAAAUAUCCUACUUUCCUGAUUCAGUUGCACAAUUAAUUUCUCUAUACAUUUUUUGUAUGGCUGUUGUCAUUCUAUGUACAUACUUUGUGCUUCUUUAGGAGUGCAAUAUCUCCUUAAGGUAGCUUGUCUACUGCUUCCAUUUUCUAGUGACUUCACUUGGAAGAUGGAGAUUGAAAAAAUUGGAAAAGAAACUGGACUAGAUGUCUAAACUAUUUUUUUCCCUCACAUUUGCAUGUUAUUUGAGAUGUCAUUUGAAUUCUGACAUAGCACUGGUUGAAGAGGAUGUUCCACUGGUUAAAGGGGCCAUGUACAUUUUCAUUACUUCACUGUGGGGAUUUUGUGAUUAAUUUUAAAGGAAGAGUUCUUCUUGAAGCAAAGCCUUAGAAUUAUAGUUGAAGAAGCUAUAACGCGAACCAUAAAUUGCUAUGUUAAAGUAGUUCAAAAUAAAAGCAAAAAGAAGUCUC